CGGAAUAAUAAGCAAUUAAUUCUGGGCAUCCUUGCGGUAGUUCUCCCUCAAGGCACGGAGCAUGUUGAAUCCAUGAAGGUCUGUGAAUCUUGCCGAGCGGAGCAGCCUGUGAAUCUGAAUUUGUUCCAUGGCAGGCAACAUGCACAAGACUUCUACCAAUGUGGACAGGAACUAGUUGGCAGUGCCGGAGGUUGAGAGCUGUCUUCUGUCUUUGGGCUUGUUUCAAAGUAGGUUCAAGCUUGUCCACCCAGAAGUAGCCCCCGACUCCCAGGCGAAGACAGGCUGUGUUUCACGAAGCAAACUGAGUUCGAUUUCGAAGCUCAGCAGUCGAUGCUUUCGAACCAUGUCACCCCGAACGUGAGGACGGGACCGUUCUGCGCUUCGUCUCACCGUCCCCUUCUUGUUCUGCGCCUCGAGGCUGUGAUGGAUCCAUGUUAUCCGCGAAUAGCGACGAGAUCCUGCAGAUGUCUGAUGAGGAGGAUGUGAUGAAGCUCCUGAAGAAAAGUUGCACAGCACCGCUGGACAAGACCGACAGUACGGACGGCCCUACAUGCAUCAAGCCUUGCUCCAGUGAGCCACUGGGUCGGGGCAGGCUGCGCAAGGCCGUUGGCUCGGUCAUUUUCAGCAACUACUGGAGACCCGUCGCGAGGAGCGAAGAUGCAGGGAACCUUUUGAACCAUGACCAUCAGGAACACGAGGUCACUUUGCGCCCUCCACAGCGUAGCAACUGGGCGGCGGCCGAGAUCGCCUUCGAUGGUGGCACGUCGCCGUACUGCCUGAUCUCUCACAGCUCUCAUCCGGAGGACUUGUUUGACUGUGUGAUCUUGCCAGAGUGGGGCCUCCGCACGCCGAACUUGAUCCUCUCCAUCAUGGGAGGUGCUGGGAACAUGAAGCCUUCCGAGAAGUUCGACAUCGUCUGCUUCUCGAAGGGCUUGGUGGAGGCCGCCACCAGAACCUGCGCCUGGGUCAUUACGGGUGGCACUGCCAGUGGGGUCAUGGACAUUGUUGGCAAGGCGAUGCAGAAGCACGACAAGCAACGACAGGUGCCCUGCAUCGGCAUCAGCCCUUUUGGUGCUUUGACCAGCAAAUGGCGGGGUCUCCUGGAGAAGCAAACGGAGGACACACCCAUCAAGCAGAUGAAGGUCGACGCAGCGGAAGCGCAAAGCCAGUCGCCUGAGAAGGAAGGCAAGAUCACCUUGGCCGCGCUCCAGGAUAACCAUUCGCACUUCAUCAUUUGUGACAACGGUGAGGUGGGGAGCAAGACCUUUGGCUCGGAGAUCCCCUUCCGAACUCGCUUCGAGGACUAUGUUGCCAAGGGCUCCAUGCCGGGGUCGACGAAAGCGCCAGUGCCACGCGUGAUGAUCCUCGUGAACGGUGGCAAGAUCUCCCUAGAUUCACUGGUGCAGGCUAUACGAACAGGAUGUCCGCUCGUGGUAUGUCAAGGCACUGGACGGAUUGCUGACGUAAUUUGCAGCAUCCUGGACGUGACCAAGAACAGACCAGACUCGGAUUCGGAGUCCUCCACUCCUUCGGUGGGCGAAGAUGAGGAAUUCGCCCUGUUGCUCCAGUCCGCCGUGAAGGAGUUCAUGGGAAACGAGCCCCUGACCCAAGAAGAUGUGGCAAAUGCUCGUGAGAUCGUCAGUAGUGGCAAGGUGGAGAUAUAUUCCAUCAAUGAUCGCCUCGAGGAUGUGAUCCUCCGGGCGGUCCUGGGCAACAGCCGCUCUUUAACCUCGCCUGUCUCAAACCACACCGGAGUUUGGCAACAGCUCGCCUUGGCGGUGCAGUGGGGCUGCAAGGAUUACUACGACGAUCUGGGACGAAGGCUCAUCCAGGACAAGGGUGGCCACGAGCAUGGAGGUCCCCAAGAGGCCAUCCGCUUGAUCUUUCAAGAGUUGGUCGCCUUCGGCUGGCGCAACAACAAAGGUGACGCCAAAACCUUCAAGCGGCAACGGAAGGCAGCCAAGACCCCGAUCAACGUGGUGAAGAAUGUCCGAGAGAAUACAGGGCCGUUGGUUGCCUGGCUUCUCCAACACUUCCUCAAGCAGAUGGACCAAUUUGAGGUGAGCGAACACACCUUUGGGGCCACGACCGGCAAGAUUCACUGGAAUCGUUUGGGCCAGCAGGAAUCCUGGAAAUCUUUGGAAGGUCUCCUUCUGUGGUCCAUCGAACAGGAAGCGCCAUCCUCCUUGCUGGAGAUCAUUUGGUCUUACAUGGAGGACCCUGUGCAUGCUGCUCUGGUAGCGGCCUCCGUCUUUCGAGAUACGGCGGAGCGGGAGCAUGGCUUUGCCUCGUACCAUGAUUGCUUGGCCAAGAAGGAGCUGGAUGACGCCGCCGACCGCUUUGAAAGGCUAGCGGUGCUGGUGGUGGAGGAUUUGGCCCUCACGGGCAAAGGUGUGGAUUACCUCUUCCAGGAAUCCAUGCGAUGGCAGGUUUCAGGACAAGGUGGACAAGGGCGAACCUGCUUCAAGCUGGCUCAUGAAUUAGGAUGUAAGAUGUUUGUCUCGGCGACCUUCUAUCGCCUGGCGGUGGAUUUGUACUGGAUCACACCGGUGCCCUUCCACAUCACCAAGGACAAACUGGACACGAAAGAGGUGAGCUGGUGGGCAUUGCUCAGUUUGCUUUGGAAUUUCCAGAUCGGUGGCUUCACUCUCUGGGAGUUCCUCUCCAUUCCCUCGAGCCAGGCAUGGACUCAUGGCAUCUCAAGAAGUGUUUUUGUUGGCUUGUACUCCUACGCCGUCUUCAAAAGGCUUCUGACGUUUGGCGGAAUCUCCACCGUGGAGGUGCUGCUCUUCUUCUGGGGCUUUGGCUUUGGACUGGUGGAGAUCAAUCAGUUGCAUUCGAUGGGCUUUCAAGCCUACAUCCAUGACUUUUGGAACUUUUUAGAUGCAUUGCACAUCACCGUGCUGCUGGGGGCGCUGGUUUUAGGUGUGGCCUUGGCAGACAAGAAUGAGGAUAUCAACGAGGUUGAGCACAUACUGGAGAUCACCCAUGCUAUGAACUUGCUGCCUUGCUGGAUCCGAGUCUUGCAAAUCCUACAGCUUUCGGAGUAUUUCGGGACCUUGCUGAUCACAAUCUUCGGAAUGGCCAAGGAUGCGCUGAAGUUCUUCAUCUUGGUGGUGAUCUUCUGCUUUGGGUUCAGCUGUGCCAUCACGCCGAUACUCUUCCCAAAUGGCCUCGAGCGCGAUGAGCAGGGCUUGACCUGGGCAUUUUGGACGAUCGUGGGGAAUUUGGAUGAUAAAGCACUCAACAAGCUCUCGAGCUUGGAAAGUGGCACCAGGUUCAUCGCUGUGGUGUUGGUCUACACCUUGGCACUGGUGUGCAACGUGCUCUUGGUGAAUUUGCUCAUUGCUGUGAUGAACAGCACAUACGAGAAGAACCAAGCAGUUUCCCAGACACAAUGGGCCUACAACAGAGUGGAAGCGGUGUUGGAGUUCGACCAUGAAUCGAUCCUGCCGCCUCCGCUGAACUUGCUCGGCUUGCUCAAAACGCCGUUCUUCUCGUUCUUCUGGCCCUUCUUCUUUAAGCGUAGCAGAGCAGAUUCCAUCGAGGAGGAGGCCGCGCUCGCGGGCGAUGGCCGGGUGGACGUCUCUGUGACACGCCGAGACUUGAAGGACGCUCAACAACGAGCCUUCAAGGCCAUCACGUAUGAGGAGGACCGGGGCGAGUCGGCCAUGCUCCGUGCCGAGCUGGCCGAGCUUCGCCUGAGGAACACGCAACUGGACCAGAGGAACAAAGAUCUUGAAGCCUUGGCCGCGAACUUCCUUUUGGAGCGGAACGCGGCGGUGGUGGUGUCUCCGGAGACACCCUUCAACCAUCCGCCCUCUCCGCAGCCAGGUUCAGGUGCUGCCCGGAAGAAUCGGCGUUUGCCAACUGGACCUUUGACAUAUUCUGUGCUCACGAGCGGCGACAAGAGCCCCAUACGGUCCAGGGCACCGUGAGAUUCCGUGGGGUCGGGGCUCCCCGAUUUGAC